AUGACAUUGUGUUUUAUUGGUGAAUCAAGAGAGCAGCAGGAGAACAAAAAUGAUCAGCCGAUGUCUCAAUGGUAUGACAAAGAAAGUUCAAAGUCAGAAAUUUCAAAAGGUAGUAGUGUUUGUGAUUGUGGUAGUGGUAGUAGUAGUGGUAGUAGUAGUAGAAUAGGUGGGAAUGGUAGUGGUGGUGGUAGACGUAGAACUGGUGGUAGUGGUGACGGUAGCAGUAGUGGUGGUAGUAGUGAUGAUAGCAGACGUAAUAGUGGUGAUCGUUGUAGAAGUGGCGAUGGUAGUAGUAAUGGUGGUGGUAGUAGUAGAAGUUAUUGUGGUGGUGGUAGUAGUACUAGUGUUUGUGGUGUUGGUAGUGGAAGUGGUGGUGUCAGUGGUAGUAUUGGUGUUGGUUGUGGUAGUGGUUAG